AUGGUCUUGGAUCCCUCACCUGGCAGAGGCUGCUUUGCCCUGGCCAUUCUGCUGGCAAUUGUGGAGAACAAGCUUGGUCGAUGAAUGCACAUCCUCAGUUCAACUUCCCAGGAGCGGAAGCAGCUGUGUAUUAAAAAAGAAGAGGCUGAGGUGGGUAUGGUGUUUUUGUGCAAGGACAAGUCUUGAGACUGUUCCCCUGAGACUAGCUUGGAGCAACUGAGACUUAAAUAGGAUCCUGGGAAAGAUGGUAUCAGUGAAAUAUCAUCUCAGUUGGUGUUCACCAUAAACCAAGCCAUGGCAUUGGACAGUGAGACCUACCAGUGAUGGUGUGCCAGAAGCCAGAAGCUGGAUAUCCGCCUUCAGGGCCAUUAUUUCUGUUUGAGUCACAGGUGGUCUCCCGAUAUCCCCAGUGCCACCAGAGUGAACUACACAGUAAUGGGAUUGAAACGACACCCCAAGUUUGGCCACAGUAAAGGUGCUCUCAGUUCAGGCUUCCUGCAAGAAAAGGUCUGGAUGAUGCUGGUCACCAGCCUAGUGGCCCUUCAAGGUAUGUUCAGAAGAGCUUUUAGCACCCCAAGAAAUGAGGGUGCUAUACCUUUAACGUCUUGA